AUAUAACAAAUAAUUUGAGUAAGUAAGGUGUCGGUUGCUGCAGCGCAGCCACACCAAUGGACAGGCUGGAUAGCUCACUGUGCACUCAGGGAUGCGGCUUCUUUGGAAAUGCUAGUUUCGAUGGAAUGUGCUCGAAAUGCUUCAAAGACAAUCUUAAGAAGAAAGCCGCCCAACAAAAUGACCAACAUAAUUCCGGACCCUCAGUAGUAACUCCAGUUUCAACCGCAAUUUCAACCACUUCAGAACCCUCAAACGCUCCUUUAAAGAACGAUAUACCAAUACCAGUGAUGAACAACGUAGUUGAGGAAUUAGCCAGUUCACCGAGCUCUCAACUCUCCGUCACGCCCCCCGAAGACAAGGGCAAAUCCCCUUCCAAGGGUCGAAACAGAUGCUUUACCUGCAACAAGAAAGUGGGACUUACUGGUUUCAAGUGCAGAUGCGAGAACCUAUUCUGCGGACUGCACCGCUACUCGGACCAGCACCAGUGUUCCUUCGACUACAAAAGCGACGGCCGCGCCAAGCUCGAGAAAGAGAACCCUCAAGUGGUGGGAGCCAAAAUCCGCAAGAUCUAACCGCGCCGUGCUCCCCCAACUGUGUUCCCAAACUAACAAACAAUAUAAAGGGUAGUUAUAUGAACUGAAUUGGGCUCACUCAGAGAUUGGAGAUUUACCGUUCGCACGCGGACUCUAGACUAUUCUAUCAGUGCGUACAUCGGACUGUACAGUCGAGUCAUACUCCGUUUAAACUACUGUCGUUUGUUUGCGAGUGUCAGUUGUGGGUUGGAUUUAAGAUUUACCCAAUUUCCUAAUGCUGAUGAGCAGAAUUUGGAGACCACACCCAGUCUGUACUUGUACCAUCUUUUAUCCGAUGCGUCCACUUCAAUUUUCUUAUUAUUACGUGAGCCACGGAUCAAAUCAUCAUUGUUAUUUUGUACUGAUUUGAAAUACAGUAGAUUUACGAAUAUAAGUAAGUGAUUCUCAUUAUUACUUAAAACAAUAUUUGCAUGGUUAUGUAUCGAGUUUUCAAACUCGUUCGAUCUUUGCUAUAAGUUUAUCGCAAACACGGUGAUUGUUUAACAUGAAAAUUUGGAGACCCCACACGAACAAAGAUCGACUGGGGCCGGGGAGGCCCCAACAUUCUCCGGGGCUUACAAAUUAAAGGGAUGCGACCAAAUAUGAGGUAGAGUUGUAUUUAUGUCUAUUGUCUUUUCGUCACCAGUAGGCUAUAAAAAUGUAGUAUUAUGACGUAGAUUAAUUAAGAGACCGGGCAGUGCGCCACUUAAGAUCGAAAUGGUAUUCGGGUUAAACGGUAGAAUUACAAGUCUGUCUGAAACGUUAAAAUAUAAAACAUCAAAUCUAAUUAUUUUCCUGGUUUAACAGCGCCAUAAGCCCAACCAAAAGCUUUCCGAUCCUCUUAAAGAUCUGAAAAUAUCAAUGUGUAUCUCAAUUUUCACUUUUUAAUUUUUGCAAUAAACGAUCUUUCUAAAUAGCUUUUGGUUCGUCUACAGGCAAACAAAUAUUGUCGACGUGUUUGAGGGAAAAGGAUGUUCCAUGAUUAUACAUCACUCCAACCCGAUAUUUUUACUUAAUUUCGAUAGGGUUAAAAGUGGUAAAUUAUUCUUACAAAUACAAUAACGAACUGGCAAAGAGAUGAAUGUAUUCCUAGGAAUUUAGAUUGUGUAUGAACUAUGUAUGAAGUUUGAAGAAGUAUUAUGUUUACAUUUAACAUUGUUGACCAUCUGCAUCAUUACAUGACUUAAACUAAAGAACCUAUUAAUCUAUAAAAGGAUAUUACCAGUAAAAAUAAACCAAAUUUCGCAUAUAUACGAUAUCGCUGUGAUUUGAAACUUGCCUAACCUUAAAAGAGAAGGUUUAAAAGCUAGAUUUUAUUGUUAUCUUUAUUUUUCUGUUCAGAUGGUAAAAAUAUUCGUUAAAAUAAA